AUGUCUCAACAAUCGAAUGAUGAAUCUCCCGUUUCAGACUCAGCAACACCGGAAGAGUCCUCUAACCCUAAUAGGGUCCUUAAGGUUGUCCCUUUAAGGACGAUUAGUAGUGAUGAAGUAAAGGCCACAAAGCCUAAAACGACUCAUGCAAAACAACCCAAGGAGGGUAUUCACAACAAGGGUACCAAAUCCCCAGCAUCUGCUACCAUGGAGGAACUUACUAAAGAAGGAUCCAACUAUGUCGAUAGCGCAAUUACCAGGAUUGUUACUGGUAUUCUAAAGGAGAAUCAUCAAGUGCCUGGAAUAUCUAUUCCUCUUCAAACCAUAAUGACUGAUCCCCUCAAUAACACCAGUAAAGCUGAGGCUGUUCACACCGUUGAUAGUGACCUAGAAAUCAACAAGGAUGAACAAGGGUUUAUUAAGAAUACCAAUGUCACCGAGGAUGUCAAUGACAUUGACAAUAAUAAGCACCCUAAGGCUAAUACUGAAACUGAUACUAAUGUGGUAGACUUAGAUGAGUACUCUGACGACAAAUUACUUACCUCCUUGAAUCCGAGUGUAGCCAACAGGCUAAUGACAAGAAGAAAAGGCAAAAUUGUUGUCCAAGGAUCACCAAAAAGGAGCACUCAAGUGAACAACCCUGCCAAAGACACUGUCAAGAAGAAGAGUACUUCUGCAGGUCCUGUCAAGAGCAAAGCUGUUACCAAGAGUAAAGGGGUUGGUCCUUCAAAAUCUUGGAGCAGGGUCAUUCCAAAGAAAAGAAAAGAGCGGGAAAUUGUUGAACCUGAAUCUGAUGUUGAAGUGAAUGUCCCUGACAUUCCAUCAAGGAAGAAGCCUACAACCAAUAAGCUUGCUGCUAGCAUUCCUGAAGUUCCCAUUGAUAAUGUGUCUUUCCACUAUGCCUCUAGUGUCAGCAGAUGGAAGUAUGUUCUCCAAAAAAGAUUGGCUGUUGAAAGGGAAUUGGCUCCAAAUCCUCUUGAAAACAAGGAGGUCUUAGAGCUGAUUCAAGAAGCUGGACUGCUAAAAACUGUGUGCAAUCUUCCCAAAUGUUAUGAGAAGCUGGUCAAAGAAUUUGUGGUAAACCUAUCUGAAGAUUGUGGCAAUAGAAAAAGUGCAGACUACAGAAAGGUGUUUGUAAGAGGUAAGUGUGUAUCGUUCUCUCUUUCUGUGAUUAAUAAAUUCUUGGGAAGAACAGAUGAAGCUCAAACUGAGCUGGAACUGAAGUAA